AUGAAGACCAAGCCGCUAAGUCAGGACCCUGGCUCCAAACGUUAUUCAUACCGCAUAAAUAAGGAAGAAAAUCGUAAAGAGUUGAAGCAUGUCAAGAUCGAUGAAAGCUCAUUGGUGCAACAAGGCCAGAAAAUCGAUCUACCCAAGAAGAGGUAUUACCGCCAAAGGGCACAUUCCAACCCAUUUUCUGAUCAUCAACUAGAAUACCCAGUGUCACCCCAGGAUAUGGAUUGGUCCAAAUUAUAUCCCUACUAUAAUGAUGGUGGGACUGGCCAGAUGACAAAGAAGGUGACUAUUGCUGAUAUUGGCUGUGGGUUCGGUGGACUGAUGAUAGAUUUGUCACCUGCCUUCCCUGAAGAUUUAAUCUUGGGAAUGGAAAUCCGAGUGCAAGUCACAAACUAUGUAGAGGACAGAAUUAUUGCCUUAAGGAACAAUACGGCCUCAAAGCACGGAUUUCAAAACAUCAACGUCUUGAGAGGUAACGCUAUGAAAUUCUUGCCCAAUUUUUUUGAAAAGGGACAACUUUCCAAAAUGUUUUUCUGUUUCCCAGAUCCUCAUUUCAAGCAAAGAAAGCACAAGGCAAGAAUCAUUACCAAUACUUUGCUGAGUGAAUACGCGUAUGUUUUGAAGGAGGGUGGCGUCGUAUACACCAUCACCGAUGUCAAAGAUUUGCAUGAAUGGAUGGUGAAACAUUUAGAAGAGCAUCCUUUGUUUGAACGCCUGAGCAAAGAAUGGGAAGAUAAUGACAAGUGUGUGAAAAUAAUGAGAAACGCUACAGAAGAGGGUAAAAAAGUGGAAAGGAAAAAGGGUGACAAGUUCGUCGCUUGUUUCACAAGAUUACCAACACCUAUGAUAUUGUAA